UAUAUUUCAGUGCAAUCAGGUAGUGCAGUGAAACCUGUAACAUGUCCAUCAGGAAAAUGUCUAGAGGGAUCCGAUGCAUGCAAAGGAUCGUUUGUUUCUCAAGUUCAAACAUGUACCGGUAAUCAGCGAUUCUGUACAAACAUCCAUCAAAUGCAAAGAACUGGCGAAUGUUUGGAAGAGGAACUAAACAUCAUCACUCGUGACUCUUGGGGAGCAAAACAACCGAGGAAGAGAGUGUCGAUGAUAACUCCUGUAGAUUAUUUCAUCAUACACCACUCGGCCGGAUUCCUCGAUAAUCGGGCUUGUGAUAAUCUACUUGACUGUAUUGAGGAGGUUAAAGAUAUCCAGAAAGAACAUAUGGAUAACGGUUAUGUUGAUAUUGGAUAUCACUACCUCAUAGGAGGAGAUGGAUCCGUAUUUGAAGGUCGAGGCUGGCAAUAUGAAGGAGCGCAUGCGUUUAGUUACUACAACAACAUUAGUAUCGGCGUCUGUCUUAUCGGGAAUUUCAACGGUAAAAAGCCCACCAACAAGGCAACGACGGCGCUCUCCAAAUUGAACACUUGUCUGCAACGUAUUGGAAAACUCAACCUAACACAUUCAGUAUAUGGUCAUAGAGAUGUUCGACAGACGGAAUGUCCAGGAGACAAAUAUUAUCCAACCUUAAAGGAAACGUUUGGUGCAUCGUGGCAUCGUGAAUAUCCGCCCCCUGAAUAUUGGUCAGAGUGCCGAGUAAACGAAGGAAAAUGCCAAAAUGACGCCCUGGACUGUGAAGGAGAGUAUAAAGUCCGAACAACAAAGAUUGGAAUAUUACCGUUUGGACUACAUGCAUUACCGUUUGGAACAUUGCUGUGUCCUGAACAUGAAGAGGACAACCGGAUCAAGUGUUGCAUUAAGAGAACAUGACUUUAACUCCAAAUUUAUUCAAAUCAAAUGUUCUCAACGGUUAGUUUCGCUCCUUUUCGUUGAAAAGGUUUUAUUAAAUACUUAAACUGCAAGAAUUACAAAAUUAUUACACUUUUUAUCAAAGACAAAAAAAAAAAAAAAAAAAUGCACAUUAUUACAACGGAGGUUGAGGAAGGAACUGCUAUCCUUAACUGUUCCCGGAUGUGACUAACAAACCGAUGACGUCCUACAUACUGACAAUUAACACCGAACUCGGAUUAUCUGAUGUCGUGUGGUAUCACGUGUUUGACAGUAACAUCUCCACGUUUGAGUUGGAUGUCAAUAUAGCGGAACUUUUUGAGAUGGUAACAGCUGUGUAUGACACCGGUCCAGAAUUAACAUACAGAGACAGCUCUCCUCUCGUUUAGUCACUUAUCACUUAAUAGACAGUAACAGUAGUAUCUAUUUUUGUUUCUUGUUGUUUAACGGGAAUUUGUGAUAAGUUUAAACACCCUAGCCGAGUACACCGUUUCCGAUGUACCACCGUGGCUUGUUGAAACAGCCGAUGUUAACUUUGCUCUGCAUGAGAGGGCAAAGUCGAGUACAUUACCAGAAGAAAACAAAUCCUCCUUUUGGAAAUACAUUUCAGAUUUUCCCGAUCAUGUUCAAAUCUACACUGAUGACUCAAAAGAUGGUGAAAAGGUCUCAGCAGCAUGCUACACUGAUUACUUUUGUUGCAGAAGCAAUUAAAAAGACAAUGUUUUUUUUCCGAGUCUCUGUCUGUCCUUCAAAGUUUACUGCCAUAUGAAAAUUUGACAAGUAGUCCUUUACUAAAGGGAAAGUAUAGGGAUUCUUAUUUAAAAACGUACGUGUAUUAUCAAGAAGUCAUCGCUUCAAUUACCAACAUUAAUGAAAUAAAAAAAUAAAAUAUU